ACAGAGAGAGGAGAGUAGUAAUCAAUCAGAGUCCCACACAGCUAUAAAGGCCCAAAAAACACCAUCCACCGACGUGUAUCGUAGAUUUUGAGGUCUUUAAAAAAACUUGUGUGUGCCAGAUUAGCUCCCUACUGAUCCGCCGCCGCCGCCGCCGCACCUCCUCGAUCUCCGCCCAGCUCCUUUCUUUUCUAUCUUUUUCAGUUGUUUCUCCGGUGACAACAAGCAGCUGAGGCAGAGGAAGGAGUAGCCGUCGUGGUGAUGAUGAUGAUGACUUCACUUGGUGGUGGUGGAGGCGGAGGUAAUGGUAGUGGUGGAGGGAGAUUCGUUACGUAUCCGCCUCCUCUUUCUGUGCCUCCGUCGGCUCCUCAGUCACCUAACUUCUCUGGUGGUGGUCUCCGAUCACAGCCUUCGUUCCUCGUUGAGCAAGAGAAGUAUCUUUCUGAGUUACUUGCAGAACGUCACAAGCUUACUCCAUUUUUGCCUGUGCUUCCACAUCUUUGCCGGCUGAUGAACCAAGAAAUUUUGCGUGUAACCACGCUGUUGGAGAAUGCUUUAAGUCAGAGUAGGUUUGAUCACCCUAGCCCUCUGGCUUCUGGAGGGAUAUUUCAGAAUGCAAGAGCUGACAUGAACGGAUGGCCCUCACAAUUUCCAUCAGAACAGAGAUCUGUUUCAUCAUCCCCCGCACCAAAUUGGCUAAACUCUCCUGGUAGCUCGUCCGGUCUAAUCGUCAAGCGGACAAUCAGGGUGGAUAUUCCAGUUGACAAAUACCCAAACUACAAUUUUGUCGGUCGCCUCUUGGGUCCUAGAGGAAACUCGCUCAAACGAGUUGAAGCAAGUACUGAUUGCCGUGUUCUGAUAAGGGGGAGAGGCAGUAUUAAAGACCCGAUUAAGGAGGAAAUGAUGAGAGGGAAGCCAGGGUAUGAACACCUCAAUGAACCACUCCACAUCUUAGUCGAGGCAGAAUUACCGAUUGAAAUAGUGGAUGCACGUCUCAUGCAAGCUCGUGAAAUACUUGACGAUCUACUUACUCCCGUGGAGGAAACCCAUGAUUUCUACAAGAAACAACAGCUACGGGAAUUGGCCCUUCUCAACGGUAGUCUUCGAGAAGAAGGGUCUCCAAUGUCUGGUUCCAUAUCUCCUUACAAUAGCCUCGGCAUGAAGAGAGCCAAGACAAGGGGCUAAAAGCACACCUGAAUUCAUAUUUAUGCUUGCCUGUCUCACCUUUCCAAGAAGGUAUAUAUGCACCGUAACCGCUUCCUUCAAACAAGAAGGCUUUGGAGAUUCUGUCUCCAUCCCAUCAUCCUCCUCUUCCUCGGGCUACCGGUACCAUCUCUAAUCUCUGGAAUAAAAAAAAAACCGUCGUAUAUGAAUCUGUGUCUAUCUUAUUUAUCGUGUCCCGGAGAGGGUUCAGACGACAGAACUAGGGGCAAAUCAAAGAGACGAGUCUCUUUCUCUGUCGCUGUCUCUGUCCGAGAUUAUUUUUGGCUUGCUUGUUCUUUUCUUUCAUUUGUUUUAGUGGAGACUACUAAUAAAUUUUGUUGCUUAAAGCCAGUUUUUGGGUAAAACAUCAUGGUUUGUGUGUUGGUAAUGAAUUAUUCUGUUUGCAUUA